AUGUUACUGUAUCGCAACUGUGCUAUUUUACCAACAGCAAUUGAUUCGAAAAUAGCUAAAAAAUUGACUUGUGUGACUUGUUCUCAAUUCACGAAUUCGUGCCUAUGUCAGCAUGGUGGCAGCGGUAGUAUAGACUUAAAUAAUCAUUUAGUCAUAUUUGAUUCAUGCGAUAACUUUUCAAGCGAAAAAAAUUCAUUUAAUUAUGGAUCGAUUUCAUUGCCAUCAUCGACUUUCUCGUCAUCAUUAAAAGAACCUCAAUAUUUCUUUCUUGUUCGACAUGGUAUCUAUCUGACAACAUGUUCCGAAGACGAUGGACUAAUUGAGCUGGGUCGCCAACAGUCAUUUUAUUGUGCUGAUUUAAUCAAUAGUUUAGCUAAAACUAUUGAAACGAAGAAUGGUGAUCAAAAUCAACGUCUAUCAUUCACAUAUGUAGAACACUCAGGAUAUAAACGAAGCUAUGAGACUGGCUUAAUUACCGGACGCCGUCUAAAUGAAUUACAACGGUUAACUGAAUCAUUUGAAAAUUGUUAUAGUCGUGUUGCAUGCUGGAGUGAGGUACGUUCAAUUAGUCGAAUCAAACGACGAUGGUACAAAAUAAAACGUUUAUUUUUUUCAUCAACAAAUAGCGAUAAACCGCCGAAACAUCAUAUCGUUUUUUCCCAUGGAAAUCUGAUUAGUGGUAUUGUCACUUAUCUAAUGUCUGGUGGACGAUGGGAUAGGUUAAGAUUUGGUAAUUUAGCUCCCCACUGUAGUGUGACUAUUCUAUCUUAUACAAAUGGUGAUUUGCUACCAAUAAUUGUCCUGGCACCAUUUCAAGUGUCAACCAUUAUUCCAAUUACAAUUAAUAAUGUGAAUCCGCGAAAAAUGUGUUUACAAGAAUUGCCUAUUAACGAUGAUAUCAAUGAUCAAGUAUGGAGUACAAUAAUCAAUACAAUUAUUCCAAAACGUGUUGUCGGUUUGAAUAUGAUUCAUGUUGAUUUGAUAUCAAAAUUUAUUCCAGGAACAGAAGAAGAAGAGGAAAAAAUGAAAGUGAUUAUCAAACAAUUUCAUACGCAAAUAGUAACACAAACAAAUAAUAGAUCCUCAGGAAAAAGAGCUUUGGCAUCGAAUUUUGAAGAGGAAAAAGGCGAAGAAGACAGAAGCGAAAGUGGCUAUAAUAACAGUAAGAAAACAAUUCAACAUUAUUAA